AUGAGACCCAGGCUAAGGUUUUUUUUGUCUGUAACCUGUCGCACUUGUUGCCUGUGCCUGAUCUUAUUCUUUGUUUCAGUGGUUUCAGUCAUCAUUGUCAUCUUAAGUACAGCUUUAUUAUACUAUUUCUUGAAGAGAUGUCGUAGUCGUCGGCGUUCUGACGUCGAGUCAAAUGCACUUGCCCAAAUUCCUAGUCAACAGAUCGAGUGGCCGGCGAGUGCGUAUCUUCCUGAAGUCCCUACUGCAGUUUCACGGCCUCCGUCAGCUCGAGUGAUAGCUUCCCAAGAGAGGCGCUCUCCCGUCUCUCGGGCUCGCCUGGUUGUAGCGCGCCGCGGGAGCUCCAUCCGGCGUAGCAUUCCGAGCCCAACUGCAGCUCAACGCUCAGGGCGUGAGCUCAUCCGAGGUCCGAAGGCCAGUCCUCCACACCAGGUUCCUGCUGCUCCUGGUGCUCCCGCCGCUGUGCAGCCCUCACCGGUGAAGCAGACGACACUCGACCACGGCGUUCGACGAUCCCCCGUCACGUCCCGGCCCCGGCUGGUUAUUGGGCGCAGCGCCUCCAUACGGCGCAGUACUCGUAGUCCUGCGGGUCACCCGUCGCUGCCACCGGGCCGCCGACCGAGGGCUCAGGCGUGGCAACGCCAGUCAGUGGUCCGGGCGACCGCUGCUCGUGUCCCUCGCUUGGACCUUCACGGCAUGAAAGUGAGGGAAGCCUUAGAAGAGCUGGACGACUUCCUGGAUGAAAAUAUGAGCUUGGGCAUCAGACGCGUACUCAUCAUCACUGGUAGGGGACUCCACAGCAGAGACAACAUUCCUGUCAUUCGACAAGCUGUCGUGCGUCGUCUCGAAAGCGAGGGAAUAAGAUUCUCGUAUGGGCGCAAACAGGGGUGUCUCCACAUUGAUCUAUGAUUUUAUUUCUGUAAGUUACUUUCCCCAUCACACUUCAAAUCUGUCGGUAGUUUUUGCGACAUCGAAUUAAAGCAAACGUUUUCCAAUUUCA